CUGUCAAACCCAAGCUAGCUAGCUGUACUGACGCCUAACGUUGUUUUUAAUUUAGCAAAAAAUGUUUGAGUAACGAGUUAGCAUCUGUUUUAAAAGGACACUUACAAAUCUGAACUAAAUUCGGUGAGUUAAAUCGCUAAGCUUUCCCUACGUGCAGGAGGCUAAAGGACCAACUAAGAAGUUAGCAACGUCAACACAAGCUGCAGUGGAUGGACUCAUCUUUUUACGGUUUCAGAUCUGGUUAUGCAAAAGGGACACCAAUCCGUACCCAUGAAUGAGGAAUGAACCUGAACCCCUUCUGGAGCAUGUCUGCCAACACAAGUCGUAAGAGAUCUGAUGAGGAGCAGAGCGGGCACACAGACCAGAGAGCCAGCCCAGCCCGGACUUCUCACAAAAAGCACCUUCCACCAAUUCCUAAAAAUGCAGUCCCUGUUAGCAAACCAGCAUCGAUGGGCACURCAGCUCACUCAGCCAAUGGCUUACAUGCGUCCUAUGGCCCCUUUUAUCUGGAGUACUCUCUGCUGGCUGAGUUCACACUAGUGAUUAAACAGAAACUCCCUGGAAUUUAUGUCCAGCCAUCAUACAAGUCGGCACUAAUGUGGUUUGGAGUCAUAUUCAUCAGGCAUGGUUUAUACCAAGAUGGUGUCUUCAAAUUCACCAUAUAUAUUCCAGACAACUAUCCAGAUGGGGAAUGUCCCAAACUGGUAUUUGACAUCCCAGUCUUCCAUCCCCUGGUUGACCCCAUGUCAGGGGAGCUUGAUGUUAAAAGAGCUUUCACCAAAUGGAGGCGGAAUCACAACCACAUCUGGCAUGUCCUGAUGUAUGCGCGUACAAUUUUUUACAAGAUCAAUACAACAGAGCCACUCAACCCAGAAGCUGCUGUGCUGUAUGAGAAAGAUGUGCAGCUGUUCAAAAGCAAAGUGGUAGACAGCGUUAAACUAUGCAACAGUCAUCUUUUUGACCAGCCCAAGAUUGAUGAUCCCUACGCAAUAAGUUUUUCUCCAUGGAACCCAGCAGUUCAUGAAGAGGCAAAGGAGAAGAUGUUCAUUCACAAAAGACGGCCCGAUGAACACCACAGGGGAACACAGGUGUCGGGGUUAUCUUGGGUAAAGCCUGGUUCUACCCAGCCCUUCAGCAAAGAGGAAAGUCCUCCCCAGAGUUGAACCUGCACUGUGGCCACUAGAGGGAGAUACAAACAUUCAAAGCUGCUGGCUUGCCUCCCUCCCCCCCCCCCCUUUUUUUCCUGUUUUGAAUGAAGUGGAACCUUGCAAUGGUUGGGAGUACUUUGUUCUCCACCUUAUUUCUCAGCUUUAAAAGCUUUCUUAGCAUUACAUGACAAAGCUCUAGAUUAAGUGAAACUGGUUUUGUAUCAUCUGUAAAUUCACAAUGACAAAUGGAUGUCUCAACUCAAUUCAGGCUGUGAUGCAAAUCAGUGCUUUUUCAUUCAUCCCACAGCCCAUGCACAUUUGGUUAAGCAGUAAGGUUAGGCCCCAAAAAGAAGUGAAAGUGAAGCACUUUUUAUACAUGUGGUAUGUGUGGUGGACUGCAUGGUGAAUACCACUUGUUGAAACUGGUUUAGGACUGUUUGUCAGACUGGGAAUGUUGUCAACUACAGCUCUGAAUGAAACCUCCUAAUCCCACCCUCCCCCAGUACAGUCUGAGAUAACGUUUUCUCUUUCUUACUGAAGAGCAAAUUUUUUUGGUGUUGUUUUUAUUGUGUAAACUAUUUUUUGUAGCUUCUAAUAUAUUAAUGUUUAAAGCAGAACAGGCAGCAAGUAUGGGUUUUAAAUCAAAUGCUUCAUAAGUAAGCUCAUUUUAUUUUGUUGGAUUUUAAAUCAUUUUGAAUGCUUUUUUUGUUUUGGGUAUUAAAGGUCUAUUGUGUAAAUAAUGGAUGCUGUGAUAAAGUUUGAUUUCCAUUGGUUUUCUUCUUUUUUAUAGGUAAGCUGAGAUCCCAAGUCACAGAUCAUCCUGCAGGAUUUCUAUUUUAAGUUUGAGAGUAAAUAAUGUAUUUUGAUAAGGUUUAGUUGUCCAACACUAUCUGAGGAGUGCAACAUUUUAAUGUACAAAAUUUAAGAUAUUAAACUUAAAUUUUAUUGCA